AUGAAAUUGAAAAUUGCUGGUAUAUUACAUGUACUAUACCGCGAUCUGCAGUGUUACAUUGUAUUAUACUAUAUCAAAAUGGCCACAGUCAUUCAAAACCCUCUGAAAUCACAAUCCAGUGGAACGGUGAUGAAAAACAGCCUGGGGGAGGAGUUUUACCGUGAGGCCAUCGAGCACUGCCGCAGCUACAACGCCCGCCUGUGUGCCGAGCGCAGCAUGAGACUGCCCUUCCUGGACUCGCAGACCGGCGUGGCUCAGAACAACUGCUACAUCUGGAUGGAGAAGAGCCACCGGGGACCAGGGUUAGCCCCAGGACAGAUCUACACCUACCCUGCCCGCUGCUGGCGCAAGAAGAGACGGCUCAACAUCCUGGAGGACCCCCGGCUGAGACCUUGUGAGUUUAAAAUAGACUGUGACGCAGUUCUGAAGAAGGAGAGCAGUCUGCCCGAGGGGCCUGUGCUGGAGUCCCUGCUCAGUGCCGAGACCCUGGACAAGAAGGUGGAGACCAAGGAGGAGGAGAGCAUGAGCGAGUGCCAGAAGCUGCUGGUGGGCGACUUCCCUCAUGAGCUGGAAAUGGAGGAGCUCGAGGAUGACGUCCCCAAGCGCAAAAACAAGACCAAAGGCCGGGCCUGUGGGAUUGGCGGCAUGAGGAAGAGGCAGGAGCCAGCCUCCCUGGAGGACAGAGACAAGCCCUACGUCUGUGACAUCUGUGGGAAGCGCUAUAAGAACCGCCCGGGGCUGAGCUACCACUACACCCACACCCACCUGGCAGACGAGGAGGGAGAGGAGGACUCGGAGCGGCACACGCUGCCCUUCCACCGGAAGAACAACCACAAGCCCAAGAAAGCCCCUGAUGGAUCGGUCAUUCCGAACGGGUAUUGUGAUUUCUGUUUGGGCGGCUCCAAGAAGACAGGCUGCCCUGAAGACCUGAUCUCCUGUGCAGACUGCGGGCGCUCAGGUCACCCCUCGUGCCUGCAGUUCACAGUGAACAUGACGGCGGCUGUGCGGACGUACCGCUGGCAGUGCAUCGAGUGCAAGUCCUGCAGCCUGUGCGGCACCUCCGAGAACGACGAUCAGCUGCUGUUCUGUGAUGACUGUGACCGAGGAUACCACAUGUACUGCCUAAGCCCCCCCAUGGCUGAGCCCCCGGAAGGGAGCUGGAGUUGCCACCUCUGUCUGCGGCAACUGAAGGAGAAGGCAUCGGCUUACAUCACCCUGACUUAAGCCCCGCCCACACCGCAUCACUGGCACCAGACACGCCUCUCCUGCUGGUUUUGCUGGGUCUUUUUAAACAAACAAACAUUCUAAAAGGUUAUUCACAUUCCAGAAUUGCAAGACAGAGGUACAGAUUUACUGAUGUUCCAGAGGAAAGUUUGCAGGCCUUUUAAUAAACACAAACGAGUCACAGAAGUGUUAUUCCAAGCGUGCUAGAGAUGAAACACUGAACUUUGUGCAAACUUUCACUGGAGUAACGGAAAUCUGGUCUAGUGAGGGCCGUAUUCAAAAAGCAUGAAUAGGCUGGUAAAUGCAUGGAACAUUUUAGGUUAAUGCAACGUACUUAUUAUCCAUGCACUACUGCUUUGUGAAUACAGCUCUGUACACUUCCAGAGUGUUUUUUCCAUUUAAAAAAAUAAAACAUUUCUCAGCAUUGGAACAAUUUGUAGAUAUAAGUUCAGUUGUCUUGGCAUUGGUUUCUCGUAGCCAUACCCAGAGAAUCCUGUUGUGUCUUUCACUGCUUUCACAGGCUCUGUUUAGCCGUUAGCCUGGCCUGUCUUAUCCAAUUUAACAUUAGUCAGUCCAAGAUUAGAGCUAAUCAGGGUCUGUGAAACCAGUCUUUGUAAAAAGUUGAAAGCUGGCAUCCCAGACUUUUUUUUGUAAUCCUCAGAUAUAACCACUAGGCUUUUUGUCUUUCUGUCCCUAAAACACAUGUGUACAAAUUCCUCUUCUUCAUUUUUUACGUCUACUAUUAAACAGACUGUAUAUUUGCUGAGAAGAAAAAAAACCCUACACCAAUCAUUAUGGAUGUGCAGUCACACCCUUUAAAGUGGUAACUGGUUAUCUUUGAUUCUGAUGGGAAUCUAUGGGAAUCCCAAUAAUCUCCUAUCUUUGAAUAGUCCCCUCACCCUGUUUCCCGCACAUACUGCCCCUUCAAACUCAUACACUCUUGCACAAACCAAGUGAUGUUAGAUGCAGGAAGUUUUGCAAAUUGAUGACAUUUUAGUGGUGCUGGACAUGUAUGUCAGAAAGGGUUACGUUUAAAAAACUGAAAGAUCAAACAUUACUGGAAAAACACCCCUGAGUAACUAGCUUCAAGUGGCAUUGUUAUUUUCUCCUUUACGUUUCCAGUACUAUUUUAUUUUUUAUUAUUCUGAGCGGUUCUGGGUUCUGUUGCUCUUAUUGAGUAUUAUAUAUUUGUUUCCCUAAAUCUGCCUUUACUUAUUUUCAAGUUGAAAAGUCACACUGUCAUUUGAAUGGAAUGAGAAUGGCUGUUCAGUCCUGGCACUUAGGAUUCUCCAGACAAGCCAGAGUAAACGUUUAUAGAGAAAAAUGGUCAUAACAUUUGAAGCAACAGAACACAGAACUGCUCACAAUGAUUGCAAACGCCAUCAAAUAGAAAUGUACACAUGCCGUUAAGCUGACAAUUGAAGCUACUUUAAGCUUUUCAAUUCUAGAUGAGCUGAAUUUCACAGAUGAUAAUAACAUGCGCAUCAGAAAUAUUCUCAGAUCUUAUCUUUAGUAGUCUCUAGGGAGUCUCUAUUAUUUGAUCAACCACAAACCAGUCAGUUAAAAUCACAGCUGGAUUUUUUUUAAAGAGAAUUUUGUAAAAUACUUGUUGUUAUUAUUAAUUUAGAUCUAUUUUAAAAAAUCUCUACAAAUAAUGCAUAGGUGAUGUGUAUAAAUAACAAAUGGGGAAAGAUUGACACAUGUUAUUAAUAAAGUCCUGAGUUUAUUACCGUAAAAAAUUGUGUAUAAAUCGCACCAGUGUAUAAGUCGCCCCCCUACAGUACUUCCCGCACAGCUUGUUAUUGUUGCAUUGCACACAGAGAACCAUUAUAUUAUCCUCCUUGAAAUUCAGUGCCUGUGUUUAAUACAGAGCUUUCAGGAAGAUGAUUAAUUUAGAACUGAAUUUCCAAGGUAACCAGUAACACCUUAAGGAGCAGUGUUCGGAUUUGUGCACAUUCCUGGCUGUCAUAGCUAGUAUUAUAAUCAGUAUUAUCUGUCUAUGUACUCUAGUACAGCAUUAUAUAGUCAAUAUUGCAGUGCUGAGAAGUGGGGUUGAAAUUGAUGUGCUGUAAAUGUAUGUCUGAACUUAAUUACGCUCUGUUUUAAAAACAGAGUUCAUUUCUGUAUGUUGCUUUGCAUGUUGUUACUAAAGAAGAAAAGCACACUUAAUUUGCAAUAAUUUAUUUAUAACACACCCAAGAUUUUUGUACCUUUUUUAUUUUUUAUUAUAAAAUGUAAAUUAUAAAAUGAUCUUGAGAAAAAAAAAGAGAAAGUUUACAUGGCCUGCCAGUACAGUAUGCUCGCUGCAAGCUGGUGAAGAAUAUUUGUUUUGUACAGGUCAAGGUUUAAGCUAGCUUGCAGUUAGCUUGCAAGCCUAUAAGAGAUUAUUUUCGUGUGUGCUUCGCGUGCUGUUCUGAGGAAUGAAGGGAAGCGUGCAUUGAGUGCUGGCCAGAACCACACCAUCCUUGUGUUUCAGAUCUCUGAGACAUAUGGUCCCUUUACACGUUCUCAGAAAGUAGGGUGGACCAAGGUAUUCUGGCAUUCCAACUGGUCCCUGAGGUAUAAAAACACCCCUAUUCACAAUGGUUUAUCCAAAGGAGGGCAGUGGCUGGCUCUUGCUGGCUCACUGACCUCCACAAUGCAGCUCUCUUGAUGUAAAAAUGAAGGCUGGACAUUCAGUAGUUUUAAUGAACAGAAAAAUACUGAAGCGGUGUGCAGUCAAGUUAAACAUUUUGGAUUUGUUUGCUUUGAAUGGCUCUUUCAGUUAACAAGGCUGGACAGUUUUGGUUUUCCCCAAUUAAAAACAACAUUUGGAAGUUGCUGUUUUCAUUACAUGCCAGAAUAUCUUGGUCUGAAUGUUUUUUGAUCAGGCACUUAAAGGAGGCAGCUAUAGGAGAGAUGCCAGGGCUCGUUAGAGGGACGGCAGUUUGUAAGACGUGGUCUCUUAAUUAUCUAGGGUUUAUUAAUAUUCAAAGUGUUCAUGUUAGAGUUUGAUCUUCUAUUUUGUUUUGGUUAAAGCCAAUUCUAAAAGCUGGAAAGGGAGAGGGGUGUAGCUUGACACUUGGUUUAUCAAUCAUAUUUAGUUACCAUACAGCGAAUUUCCAGGCCACUUAAUGUUACUUAAUGAAAGCAUACUAUUAGAAAGCUUAUGAAGUUGCUGUUCAAAAUUGAACUGUUACAAAUAUAAAGUAGAAUAGCGUACUGAACAACGCAAUAUGUGUGUUUACAGCUUUCAUUUGUUUUUAUAUUAAAACGUGUUGCACGUUUAGUGUAGACUGCAUUGCAUAUAGAAUAAAAAAUACGAAUCAGCACCUACUACUAUAUUUUGCAUUUCACAGCAAAAGAGGAAUAUUUGUUGUAUUUGUUAGAGUUAGGGUUUGAACAAUAGGAUUCUAUUCAUUUGGGUUAUAGAUAGGCUGAGGGGUAGGGUUAGGGUUAGAGAUAGAGUUAGGGUUAGUGUUUGCAUGUUAGGGUUAGGGUUAGGGUUAGGGAUAGGGUUAGUGUUUGCAUGUUAGGGUUGGAGUUAGGGUUAGGGUUUGCAUGUUAGUGUUAGGGAUAGAGUUAGGGUUAGGGUUAGGGAUAGGGUUAGUGUUUGCAUGUUAGGGUUGGAGUUAGGGUUAGGGUUAGGGUUUACAUGUUAGUGUUAGGGAUAGAGUUAGGGUUAGGGUUAGGGAUAGGGUUAGUGUUUGCAUGUUAGGGUUGGAGUUAGGGUUUUGUGCUGGAUUAGGGAGUGUGCAUUAAGGUUAGAGUUAGAGUUCUGUGCAUUAGGGUUAGGGGUUAGGGUUAGGGUUGUGUGCAUUAGGGUUAGGAUUUGCUUAUUAUGGAUAGGGUUAGGGUUAGGGUUAGGGUUGUGUACAUUAGGGUUAGGAUUUGCUUAUUAUGGAUAGGGUUAGGGUUAGGGUUGUGUGCAUUAGGGUUAGGAUUUGCUUAUUAUGGAUAGGGUUAGGGUUAAUGGCGUUUUCUAGGUUAUUGGUGAACUCCUGAUAAACUGUGUAUUGUCAGAAUUUUUCCUCAGUCUAUUUGCAGUGACAUUAAAAGGACUGUAUGUGGUUAUCUGUAUGGUACCUACAUGAUAUAUAUAAACUAUAUGUGACAAUUAACCCGUUUGCACUGAUUUUCACAUGUGGGUAUUAUAACAUUCACAGGUCUAAUGAGGUAUAUUUGAUAGCCUUUACUUUUAAAGGGGUCAAAUGCCAUAUUAAUGUGAUUGUAUUACCUUACCGUCUGACCUUUGAGGAUCUCUGCAAUCAUUUGGUUUGUUUUUCUUGUUUCUCCAAUGCUUAGUUCUAUUCAUAUUUCCUUAUAUCUGUUUAAACUGCAGUCUGGUGUUGCUGUAAAAUCCAAAAUAUCCAUGGUGUUUGAUAUCAUCAUUCCAGAGUUGUGUGGCUGCUUUCUGGAUGAGGCCAUCAAAGACCAAAGACACCUAACAGAAUUCAGCUGAACGUUGAUCUCUAUUCAAUAUUGGAGAAAUAGAAAUACUCUGAAUGGUAGCAAACAUCAUGAGAAGGUAACAGUAUUAAAUAUCUGCGUAUGCUACCAGCAGAUACUACGAAGGGUUAGCUGCUGCCCCUUUACAAGCACUAACUUUUCAAGACAUUGAAAAAGACUUCUAGUCUAAAUGUUUGUCGUGGAAAACUUUCUUUUAGUCUUUUUGAAUUGAGCGCUUGAAUGUUUAAUAGUUCUGUAUGAUAGCUACAGUCCUUACUCGUUAGCAAAACCCCUUUACCAUCCUGAGCUUUCUUAUUUCAUACCAAAGUGGCCAGACAAAGUGUUUUCCCAUCACUGUUUUUCUAUAUGAAAUGUCCUAACACACCUGUACGAAUUGCCAUUCAUGAAAAAAAAACAAAUGUAAAUAGUAUAUUAGGCAUUUUUUUUAUUGGUAUUGCUAAAAUAAUACCCAGUCUAGGCAUACUGUUAUUUAUUCUCAUGAGCUGAAAAGCUGCAUAUUUAAUCACACAAAGGUUUUUACCAACAGUAUUGUAGGGAGCUAGUUGCUAAAAACUUGCCAACGCAGUUGUUUUUUUGUUUUUUUUUUAAAUCUCAGCAUUGUUAUUGAUCAUAAUAAAUAUGUAUCUAUCAAAACUGGAUUCAGAUCCUGAGGUGAUACUGAUAUAAUUAUGAUCCUUAAUUUUCCAUAAAAGCCCCCCCCCCCCCCCCAACUGUAAAUGCAUCAAAACAUUAUGAAUUGCACUACAAUGUGAUGCAAUAUACUGUAAUGUAAUAGGUGUUAGGGAAACUUACAUUUAAGCUGUCAUGUUUUGCACCACACAUACCUCUCAUCUUCUUGUCAACUGGGUCCUCCCUUAUAAAAGUUCACCGCAGUAAAUGUGCACAGUAUUUCUGCAGUUCCCAUGCUUUUCCUGUGAUUAUACUCUACAUUUACCAUAGUUUCCUGAUCUUUAAUAUGCUGCACCAUACCUCUCUGUGCUUUACAAUGCUUUCACUUAGCUUUAUUAAACUUCAGUAUGCGUUUACUGUGGGAAACAUUUUAAAGGUGAGCAACCACCCAGAAUUAUUACAAACAGCAUGACAGAGUAAGGGGAAUGUAAAAAAAGCUAUUUCCAUUUGAAACGCUAAACAGUUGAGCUUUGUAAAGAGGUCUUAGGGCACCUUCUCGUUCCCCAUGUCUCUCUUGACGCAGCACAAGGAAGAUGGUUAGUUCUCAUGGUGUGUGUGUCUGAAGCACGUGGAUCUGUGCAUGCUGGCUUACUGUGUGUUAUUCUAUUAUUCUAAUUUGAAAGCUGGUGCUUCCCCAAUCUCUCUCCCUUUUCUCAGUCUUUUUUUUAAGACUUUACACAGAGAGUACUUGGUAUUAAAAGGUGCUGUAAAAAUUGUGUGUACAAAAAAAAUAACUUUAUACUGUGGGACCUAAAAAUAUUCAAACAUCAUGUGUGGUGGUUUAUGUAAAGUCUAGAGCGAUAUAGAAAGACAUUGCAAUGGAAUCGAGUCCACGGUUAGUAUGAACCCUUAUUGACUGUUAUUAGCAAAACAAAUCAGCACUACUAUCUGACCAGAAAUGGUCAAGUUGAACACAGUGGAUUCUUUGAAGGAUCCACCCCUUAGCAGCCUGGCAUGGCCUUGGGAUUCUGUUUAACACAUUUUCAAGGGGAUGUCUUUCUGAAAUAGCAUUCCGAAAGUCUGUUGGAGUGCUGUUCUUCUAGUGUUAAUGCAUUGAUUUAUGAUAUAACAAUGCAUCGAUUUAUGAUAUAACAAGUUUCCAAUAUCUGUUUUCGGAGAGAUACAGUUUAGUGAAUAAUAAAAAUCAUCCCCACAUUUAUUGUGUGUGCAUUUUGGGGUGAUUCCUGGCUUACGGCAGGAAAAUCCUCAUGAAGUGUUGCUGAUGUCCUGGUAUUAUUGGAGCCCACGGUAGCGGUAAUAUUCAAACUCUGAGUGUGUGUCUGCUGAUUGGAGGAUUAGUAUAAGAGGCAGUCCAUUUCGCCGGAUCGAGAAAUCAUGGAUAGAAAUAGCAUGCCUUUUUCUAUGCUGGUGAUUGACUGCUGGCACAUACUGUACCAACUCAUUGCGGUUCCGAAUGACUACUGUGAAUUGUGUUUUGUACUAACUAAAUCAAACCUGUUACCCACAGAUACAGAACUACUGGACACUAAAACAGUAAAUUACACUAUUUGCAUAGAAGAAAACUAAAAUAAAUAUCUUCAUAGUAAAAUUCUUGCUGUUUAACUUCAGUAGUAAUGCCACCCCCUAUUAAGGCCACAGUUGGUUGGUCCCUGGACUGCCCUUAAUAUUGAGGUUGCACUGUAUUCCCAAACACCCCAGAGUUCACAAAGUCCCGCAGCAUUUCACGCUCCUCAGCUGAUCUGGACUGCCUUGAGGUCUUGCUUUUCUAUUUAGACCUUUGUGUUGAAACGCGAUGCCUGUAACAUACGCUUUCGUAUUUAAUCAAUUCCGUUCUUUCCUCUGUGGUCUCCCGGUCGGUGCGGUCCGAUCGGAGGACGCCUUGUUAUUGUAAACGAGGUUCCUCUUGUAUAUUAGCGUGCUGUCUUCUUGCUUGCAAUGUGUAUGUUUUUUUUUGUUUGUUUGUUUGUUUCUUUUUGUAAUCGUGUGUUGGAAAGUGAAUCUGUUUAAGAGAUCAAAUCUCUUUAAUUUGUCCUUAAUGGAAUGCUUUUAAAUAACGAAGAAAAAAAAAUGAUAAGCAUAAUUAUAAUAUGUAAAAACAUUCAACUUUUAAGGUUAGGUUUAAUGAUUCUUUGUGUUCAUUUCAGAGAAAUAAAAGUUGCUCCCUUA